AUGUCGAACGAAGUCGUACUCUUCGACCUCCCCAGCAGAGGCAAGCCAGCCUGUUGGUCGUUGAAUCCGUGGAAAGCGCGCCUCGUCCUCAACUACAAAGACAUCCCUUACCGCACCCACUGGAUCGAAUACCCCGACCUCCGCCCAACCUUCCAAUCCUACGGCAUCCCGCCAAACCCCAACGAAGUCAACCCGAACGCUCAAUACUCCAGCCCCGCGGCCCUCCUCCCCGACGGCCGCUACAUCAUGGACUCCCUCCUCAUCGCCCAGGAAAUCGAAAAACUCCAACCCGAACCGUCCCUAGGCCUCGACACGGACUUCCCCAAACGCACCCAGGCAAUCGUCGCGACGAUCCAGAAACCUCUCGGCCCGAUCAUGAUGCCCCGCGUCCCGGAGUUGCUCCUCAACCCCAGGAGUCAGAAGUAUUUCUACGAGACGCGAGCGAAGCGCUGGGGGAUGCCUCUGCAAGACCUCGCGAAGAGUGAGCAGGCUGGGGAGGUUGCGUGGCAGGGAGCGGAGGAGGGGUUCAGUCAGUUGAGGGAGUUGUUGAAGGAGAAUGGUGAGGGCCCAUUCAUCAUGGGGAACGAGCCGACGUUUGCGGAUUUCAUCCUGGCGGGGUUUUGGAGGUUUGUGGAGCGGUUGAGUGUGAAGGGAGAUCUUUCGGAGAGGAUUAUGGGGUUUGAUGCGAGGUUUGGGGAGCACCGGAGGGCUUGUCAGCCGUGGUUGGAGAGGGAUGAUUAA